AUUGGGUCGAUGCGCGGAAGAUGGCGGCCGCUGCGUGGUGCGCGUAGAGAGAAGGACCGUACUGCGCGAGUUUUGUCGGAAAACAUGAGAGAACACGUCGCGGCACGUUGAUACACGCGAAACGAGACUUGUGCGGCCAGCGGCGCGAAGAGGUUGCGGAUGCGGAUACGUCGGGUAUCCGAUCGCGCGAGCGUCGACGUUUGUUUACGAUAAGCAGCGGCUCAGGAGACGAGAGACGUUCCCUCCUUUGCGGUUUUCGGUGGUUCGGAGCCGGGCGCUCGGGCUGCUCACCGCGCUCGCGAAAUAGCGUGUGCGAAAAAGUACCCACGUGCACGGGGGGCGAAGAGGCACGCACGCACGCACGCACGCAUUCACGCAGCAGACACGCACUCGAGGAUUGCGGAGAUAAAAGUGUUGCCGGACUUCGGCCCGGUGAGAAGACCAGUAGAGAUGCUGAAGCAUUUGCAGAUGGGGAUGAGAGCUUUCCUCUUAAUGGCCUCCCGCGUGUGGACCUGCAUCUGUUUUCUACUGAAGAAGCAGGUUAGAGCCAUCUCGCAGAUGCAACCAGUCAAAUAUGAGAUCUUCCCACUUUCACCUCUAUCUAGGCACAGACUUAGUAUAGUUAAAAGAAAAGUAUUAGUGUUGGAUUUAGAUGAAACGUUAAUUCACUCUCAUCACGAUGGAGUAGCGAGGCCGACUGUCAGGCCUGGUACACCUCCAGAUUUUGUUCUUAAAGUGACGAUAGACCGACAUCCCGUUAGGUUUUUCGUUCACAAAAGACCACACGUAGAUUUCUUCUUGGACAUUGUUAGUCAGUGGUACGAACUUGUAGUCUUUACUGCAUCCAUGGAAAUUUAUGGAGCAGCAGUUGCAGAUAAAUUAGACAACAACAGGGGUAUCUUAAGACGCAGAUAUUAUAGGCAACACUGUACACCAGAGAUGGGUUCCUAUACUAAGGAUCUGUCAGCGAUUUGUUCUGAUCUCUCUUCAGUCUUUAUUCUUGACAACAGCCCAGGAGCUUACAGAGCUUAUCCACAUAACGCAAUACCUAUAAAGUCAUGGUUCAGCGACGCAGGGGACACUGCUUUGUUAAGCUUACUUCCAGUCUUGGACGCUCUUCGUUUCACGCAGGAUGUACGAUCCGUUCUUUCGAGGAAUUUACACUUGCACCAUACUUGGUAGCAUAGCCGGGAUUGAGUGAUACAUUAGAUAUUUUAGAAAUGAAGCCGCUAGAGAGCUUCAGUUAGUGUGUCUAGCCUAGAAUUAUUAUUGUUAUUGAUAAUAGCGUCAUUAGAGAUUGCUGCCCGUAUAAUGAGAGACAAUGAAAGCCCCCUUCCUCAGUCCUUGUUUUUCUAUACUCGAACGAACACUGAACGGCAAGUGAAUGCCGAGGGAAGUGGUAUUCAGCCAAUAAUUAUGUCAGCACAAAAGCAUCCUAGGAUCAUCUUUUAUGUUGUACAGUCCACACAGUGUGCAAGAUCGUAAAGUCAAUUUCCUAACUUUCUUUUUACGUUACGUAAGCCUUUUGCCAAAGACCAAGAUACAAAAAUGGAGGCGGAGCCGUGCGCUAGCCGGGGAGGAUCUUUCUUUUAGAUAAGGAUUACCUAACGCUUUUAUUUAUGUAUCUCGCGGCGGCACAUAAUACGGAUGCAGGAUGAAUAACCGAGAGAAGACACUUUCGUUGUGUAUCGUAUACUAUUAACCUAGGAUGUGUGUGUGUGUGUGCAUAGAGAGAAAGUGAGAGAUGAAUCAAGCCAUGUAGGCGCGUCGAACGGAUUUCGCUGUAACUCACUGUAUCAGUGAGGCAGCUGUCCUGGUUAUAUUUAAUAAAGGAAAAAGUAUUAAUGUAAAACCAGGAAAGAGUGACAUCUGUUGUCGUCGAACUUCUGCGAGUUGGAUUAUAUUAUGUGUACGCAACUGCGAUCUGCAAUGUUGAUUGUGUUGAUACCUACCUACUCGCGACAAGGAACAUUCGUGGCGUACAAUUCACCGAUAUCUUUCAUCUACGUGGAACAACUGCAAUUGUAAUUGUACAGGGCCAAGAAGGCCUCAUACGAUCAUCGAGAAGCUUGAUCGGAACUUGUAAAGUUUUAAGUGUAACGUUUAAUUUGUCGAUUGUACGCACGCAUUUGUAAGAUAAAAUAUUCGGUGCCUCGUCUCGAAUGUACAGUCUCGUAACUAAUUAUUUCACGGUUUAAGAAGGGCUGAACUAUAAAAGAAACUGAAAAACUGUAAUCAACUUACAGUAUUUAAUUAUAACAAUCAUGUUUAAUAAAUACUUGCACUUUGUGUUGUGAGAAGCUGAUAAAACCAUUGUAAUAUUUGCGGAAUGCGCUUUCUUAGAUGUACAAUUACAAACGCGAUUGUUUGCAAAAGGCUGAAAGCUCUGAUGAAUCGGUCGUCGUAAACUUUUCUUGUAAAUAAGAUAAUAGCAAGAUAAUGAACAUAAACAUCCACACACACACAUACACGCCUGUAUACUUUGUUCGCUUGUUUAAUCGUAUAACAGUAAAUAUCGGACGGUAUACAUUGUACAUAUUACUCGAACGCGUAUUUGAUGCGGCGUGACUGGAAUUUUGUAUGAGUGACGGAUAUAAAUAAGUUAUAUAAAAAUAUGAACUUCAUCUAAUACCUACAUAUGUAUAUACAUAUAUAUACAUGCAUACGUAUAUAUGCGUUUAUAUAUAUAAAUAUGAAACCGGUUUAUUCGUAUCUUCCUGAUCUUCGUGGAGAGGGAAAAAAAACUAUGCCCAUGCGUGCGCGAAAUCUAAUAUCAUUAACAUAAAAAUUCUUCUUCAAGAUCUUUUAAUUCGUUUAUUGUACAUAUUUUAGAAGUUUUGCGUGUGUUUUGCGUUGUACAUAACAGUAACGUUUCCUCAAGGUACAAGCCAUGGGCAGUGCAUAUAGUAUUCUAAGUGAUUGCUAAAUACUAACAACAAUAAUAAUGUCGAUUUAUUUUGUUGAGUAAAACUAUAUGCCUGUAACGUAUCCGUAUAUAUAUAUCUGCAUUGUGACGCAGAUGUUAGAAGAAGAAAUGGCGAAGUACCAGGACAGAAGUACUACGCUGAUUCCUCCGCUUGUGAUAACGGCAACGGAGCUUAAUUUCCGACACGAGAUGUGUGAGAUUCUUUAAUAUGAUGAUAUACUUUGUAUCAUGACUACCUUCGACUUGACUCCUGAUUAAAAUAUUCCUAUUUGCAUAGAG